AUGAAAAGUGUCUUCUGCAAUCUAGCGGUGGUGCUGUCCACGUUUACAGCUACAUCCUUCGCCCAGGAUUAUCUCGUUCAUAUGCUUGAGGACAGCGCGGGCGUGGAUUCUUGGAAGCCGAGAGCUGGAGAUAGUCGACAACGGAGCCCAGAUAUUGCGAAACUGCUGCUGGAACGGCGAUUGGGAUGGCCUGAAUCGUCCUCUACCGUUGGCGAAGUGGAUGAGGAGACUAUCCGGGAAUUGAAUCUCUUCGGAGGUCAGCAGGCCUUGCCUUUUACCGACAUCAACAAAGAGCAGCCACACAAGCUGUUGUUGAUCCUUGAAGGCGUAGGCUCAGAAGACAUCAAAUCGCUGGAGACAAAAACACCGCACGCUUUCUCCAUUUCAAGCCCGCCAGCAUUCUAUCUAGAUGAUUCGAUAUUAUCUUCAUUCGUUUCAGAAAAGUCACAGAGUUGCCAUGAUCCAAAUACCUGCCUAUAUGGUGAAGAAGAGGCCUCGUGUACUGGGUUUGUAGUUCUGAGAAGCCAAAACUCCGGUGCCUGCCCCCAAGACACCCAACUUUUCUCCGAGAUGCCGGAUUGUACGUCAAAAUCGGCCACGAUUCAGAAACUUAUUGAGCAAGUCAUUGCGGGCUCUUCUACAUAUAAACAUACUUCCUUUGUUAUCCGUCUUAGAGCUUCCAAAUCUCCUCUUCUCCAGGAUGGGGAAUUUACUUCCCUUUUCAAGUCCCUUGCUGCUCUUAGCUCUGACCUCAAUGUGGAAUCCACCGUCAUCACAGUCCCAUACGACACCUACAAGAACCGCAGCCAGACACGCCUCCCUGCCGACAAACCCAAGCUGAAGCUGCACCAAGGCUUAUCCGCUGCUAAGAAAGCUGUGCGUGCUGAUGCCACCUCCACAUCCAUGGCAAGACCAUCUGCCACCGCCAAACCUACUCCCGCGUUCCAUCUGCCCGUAUGCUACACCAAAAAUGAAACCUGCACUGAGCGAACUAAUAACUGCUCGGGUCAUGGAUCAUGCUACCUGAAACGCACGUCUUCAAAGAAUUCCACCUCCUCCAGUAACGAAAAUGACUGCUAUGCAUGCAAGUGCCACCGCACUGUUGUUUCCACCAACAAAGAUGGGAAGACAAAGACUCUCCAGUGGGGCGGCCCUGACUGCUCCAAGAGAGAUGUCAGCAUGCAGUUCUGGCUCAUUGGCGGAUUGAGUGUGGUUCUUGUUUUGGGAGUUGCCUAUGGUGUCGGAAUGCUGUUCAGCAUUGGAGAAGAGGAGUUGCCUGGUGUGCUCAGUGCAGGCGUCACACCCCCCAAACAGAAGUGA